AUGAUACAGAAUCCACUGAAUACUACUGAGACGCCAUUGGCCAACGUUUCACUAUACCUCAACUCGGUCUGUCCCGGAUAUACACAGCUAGAAGAAAACGUACACCACAAUUUACCCAAUGACAUAGCUGAAUCGACAUGGGGAGUUUCAUGGCCAAUAGCAAAUGGCAAACUGAUUAAUGCCAAAUUAAAGUUGGAAAAGCAAUAUCUUAAUGUUGCACGUCCGCCAAUGGGUCCAUUUGAAUCGACCACUUAUGUUUCCUUACCACUACAUGUGGUGAACUCUUUCAAAGAAAAGGUACACCGCUGUGACAAGCGACAAGAAGGAAAUUUGCACAUCGGGGCAAAUGUCAAUCCAUUAACACAAGACCCAUUUCGAAAUCCAAAUACGAAUCCGGGUGCAUUGACAACAAUCUUGGAAACGAGGACGAGAUUUCAAUCAAAAAAUCCAUUCAAUAAGUUGACCUCGAAUCUUAAUAAACUAUUUGUUAAAGACGAUUUCUACGAAAAUGUCGAAUCGUCAGGUGUGAGUAUUUUGAGUUACAAUGAUGAUUUUGCAUCCUGUGGGAAGCUUUUGAUAUCUGGAAAUAUCAAUGUGCUUAAUGUGUUUGGAUUAUCUGAAUCUUCGGAGUAUGAACAUACAAAGGAAGUUGGCUCGCACAAAGAGCAGCUCAAAAUUGAGCAGCCGUUGCUACGACUACAAUUUAGCAAUACCUGUAUUAUAACGUCGCUUGUUGCAUUUGUAUUGAAUGACGAGCCUAUAAUUGUGUUUGGGUGCAAUUUAGGUAGGGUUCUGAUUAUCAAACCAAGAAGUAUGAAGAUUAAACUGAUUGAUUUAAAUUUGAACACGCUGGAACAUUCAUUGAACAUGAUAAAUGUGUCAACUGUCCAGGUCAUACGGCAUCCACUUUAUGAGUACUUGAUUGUAGCUGGAACUUCUAAUGGUGAAGUUUUCAUCCUCAAUCCAUUUGGGCGAAAUGAGUUGCGAAAUUACAAAAAGGAAGUUGUCGAGACAGAUUCGUAUGUAACUUAUUUUCGCAAAUUCGACUUGAGCAUUUUUGGACAUGCUACAGAUGACCAAUUGAUUGGGCAUUUCAAAUUGUGCCAUAAAUCGAUAACUGCGAUUGCAUCAACAUUGCCAGUGGAAGGUUCGCUGCAAACAGACCUGCAGCCGCUCUUGUUGGCAAUUGCCUCGGAGGACGGAUUUGUCAAGAUUGUGGAUUUAAUGUUUACCUACCGCAUUGAUCAAGAAGAAAUUGCAAAUAGCAUAGUCACUGACAUUGUUCCCAAUUACUUCAACUCUGGUGUAUCCGACGUCAGAUUUAGCCCCGAUUUCAAGUUUUUCACCAUUGUCGGUAAAGGCGACUUGAUUGAAGUGUUCAAGAUGACGUAUUAUAAUAUCACGGGGUUGUUGAAGAAACUGGAGCGACCCCAAGCUAGGUCUAGAAGCGGGACUGUGAAUAGUCACAAUUCUCAUUACAACGGUAUGGCAGCCACCCACAGUUUGCAAAGCUUGCAGAAUUUGCAGGAACUUCAUCCGGAAAAGGGGUACCCACCAGUUAUCAAGUCGGUGGAGAUUGUCUGUCGAUUGAAGGGGCACACGAACUCGGUCAAGUCCAUACAAUUUUUAAAGGGCAAUUGCGAUGAUUCUCUGCUUGUGUAUAAGCUUGUUAGUUGUGGAAAUGAUGGCAAGGUGUUUGCUUGGGAGUUUGAUUACAAGGCUAUCCCACGGGUGAAAAAGCCCCAUGCUGCAACCCAGAGCAAGCCACGCGAAAGCAGACGGUCAAUUCACGAAAAGAAAAACGGUAUCCAAAUUGUGACGCAAAGUCCCAGUCCUGGUCCUGUGCACUCAAGAUCUUCACACCGUCGAAACUUGUCCUCAGACCCGAUAUUGAACACCCCUUCAUUUACCAAUUUGUUGUCAACUAAAAGUUUAAACUUGACGAGUGUGUUGCUGGAUGACCACUCGCCCAAGUCCCAAGCAAUUGAAGCAGUUGUAUCACUUUACAAGCAAUUGCUUGACGUUAGAAUCAAAAAAAGUUCCAACAAAACGUUUAUUCAAGGUAGUACCAUUAUAUCGCCAAUUGUGAAUGACAAAUACUUGCCCUCAAUAUCGAUCCCUUUGGCAACAAUAGAUUUAGCAAGCGUCGUGCCUGAUGGGAAGAUUGACAAUGUGUUUAUUGACAAUCAAACUGUUUGGUGUUUUUGUAAAAACGGCGAUCUAUUCAAGUAUAAAGUACACAUAGAGUGA